AAAACGACUUGUUAUAGUGCUUUUCUUUAAAAGUCUAGAUUCUAUCGGAAUAUUUAUGGUCACCUAAAAUCCGUGUGAGCGGUCCUCAGUCUCCGGUGUCAUUGGUGAGUGACCGAAGAUGUACCACAGCAGGUUGUUUGCCAAGCUGCUUUUGCAGCAAAGUGGAGUCAGGCACUGCUACACGGCAACAAGAAAGAACCUGUACAUUGACAAGAACACGAAGGUCAUCUGCCAAGGUUUCACAGGGAAGCAGGGAACGUUUCACAGUCAGCAGGCUCUUGACUAUGGCUCCCAGUUAGUUGGAGGUGUCUCCCCUGGCAAGGGUGGCAAGACCCACCUUGGCCUGCCAGUUUUUAACUCUGUGAAGGAGGCAAAGGAGGGCACAGGGGCAGGCGCCACUGUGAUUUAUGUGCCUCCUCCAUUCGCGGCAGCAGCCAUCAUUGAGGCCAUUGACGCAGAGAUGCCCCUGGUGGUGUGCAUCACUGAGGGCAUCCCCCAGCAGGACAUGGUUAGAGUCAAACAUAAGCUUCUGCGCCAGAGCGCUACUCGCCUCAUAGGCCCAAACUGCCCAGGAGUCAUUAAUCCUGGAGAAUGUAAGAUUGGCAUCAUGCCGGGCCACAUUCACAAGAAAGGAAGAAUUGGCAUUGUUUCUAGAUCGGGUACCCUCACAUAUGAAGCCGUGCACCAAACUACACAAGUAGGCCUGGGCCAGUCACUCUGUGUGGGUAUUGGCGGGGAUCCAUUUAAUGGUACAAACUUCAUAGACUGUCUGGAGGUGUUCCUGCAGGAUCCCAAGACAGAGGGCAUUAUCCUUAUUGGAGAAAUCGGAGGGAAUGCAGAGGAGAAUGCAGCAGAGUACCUGAAACAGCAUAACUCUGGUGAUAAUUCAAAGCCUGUGGUAUCCUUCAUCGCGGGUCUAACUGCUCCUCCUGGCCGUAGGAUGGGUCAUGCCGGUGCCAUCAUUGCUGGUGGAAAAGGUGGAGCCAAAGAGAAGAUUGCAGCCCUCCAGUCAGCUGGAGUUGUAGUUAGCAUGUCCCCUGCUCAGUUGGGCAGCACUAUGUUCAAGGAGUUUGAGAAGAGGAAGAUGUUGUAAAUUGUGCAAGAAGGCAGCUGACCUCUUACCCCCUGCCUCGAAAUUGAGAUGAGCAGCCUGAAUCUGGGGGUGGAUAUGUGUCUGUAAACCCUGAUUAUUUCAACUACGAUGCGCACAUAAAGAGUUUAUAUUGUAAUUUCUGCCAUGAACUCAUACCUUGCACAUAAUGGAAAGAAUAAAAGUGUUUUACUGGUAUCCUAAAGAAGUCAUUGUACACAAUGUAAAAGCUUUAUAGAUGUUUUCCUUCUCCACACAAUGUCUAGUUUAAGGAUGGAUCUGUUUCAUUCUGUUCUGAUCAUGUUAUAUGAUGGCUUUCAUCACUAAUUUCACUGUCUGCCCGCCUGAAUAAGAACUAUUUCUCAUAUCA